AUGGAGUGCGGGACGCUGGGCUCGGGGGAGAUGGAGUGCGGGACGCUGGGCUCGGGGGGAGAUGGAGUGCGGGACGCUGGGCUCGGGGGGAGAUGGAGUGCGGGACGCUGGGCUCGGGGGGAGAUGGAGUGCGGGACGCUGGGCUCGGGGGAGAUGGAGUGCGGGACGCUGGGCUCGGGGGAGAUGGAGUGCGGGACGCUGGGCUCGGGGGGAGAUGGAGUGCGGGACGCUGGGCUCGGGGGGAGAUGGAGUGCGGGACGCUGGGCUCGGGGGAGAUGGAGUGCGGGACGCUGGGCUCGGGGGAGAUGGAGUGCGGGACGCUGGGCUCGGGGGGAGAUGGAGUGCGGGACGCUGGCGCGGUCGGGGGAGAUGGAGUGCGGGACGCUGGGCUCGGGGGGAGAUGGAGUGCGGGACGCUGGGCUCGGGGGGAGAUGGAGUGCGGGACGCUGGGCUCGGGGGGAGAUGGAGUGCGGGACGCUGGGCUCGGGGGGAGAUGGAGUGCGGGACGCUGGGCUCGGGGGGAGAUGGAGUGCGGGACGCUGGGCUCGGGGGGAGAUGGAGUGCGGGACGCUGGGCUCGGGGGGAGAUGGAGUGCGGGACGCUGGGCUCGGGGGGAGAUGGAGUGCGGGACGCUGGGCUCGGGGGGAGAUGGAGUGCGGGACGCUGGGCUCGGGGGAGAUGGAGUGCGGGACGCUGGGCUCGGGGGGAGAUGGAGUGCGGGACGCUGGGCUCGGGGGGAGAUGGAGUGCGGGACGCUGGGCUCGGGGGGAGAUGGAGUGCGGGACGCUGGGCUCGGGGGGAGAUGGAGUGCGGGACGCUGAGGCUCGGGGGGAGAUGGAGUGCGGGACGCUGGGCUCGGGGGGAGAUGGAGUGCGGGGACGCUGGGCUCGGGGGGGAGAUGGAGUGCGGGACGCUGGGCUCGGGGGGAGAUGGAGUGCGGGACGCUGGGCUCGGGGGGAGAUGGAGUGCGGGACGCUGGGCUCGGGGGGAGAUGGAGUGCGGGACGCUGGGCUCGGGGAGAUGGAGUGCGGGACGCUGGGCUCGGGGGGAGAUGGAGUGCGGGACGCUGGGCUCGGGGGGAGAUGGAGUGCGGGACGCUGGGCUCGGGGGGAGAUGGAGUGCGGGACGCUGGGCUCGGGGGGAGAUGGAGUGCGGGACGCUGGGCUCGGGGGGAGAUGGAGUGCGGGACGCUGGGCUCGGGGGGAGAUGGAGUGCGGGACGCUGGGCUCGGGGGGAGAUGGAGUGCGGGACGCUGGGCUCGGGGGGAGAUGGAGUGCGGGACGCUGGGCUCGGGGGGGAGAUGGAGUGCGGGACGCUGGGCUCGGGGGAGAUGGAGUGCGGGACGCUGGGCUCGGGGGGAGAUGGAGUGCGGGACGCUGGGCUCGGGGGGGAGAUGGAGUGCGGGACGCUGGGCUCGGGGGGGAGAUGGAGUGCGGGACGCUGGGCUCGGGGGAGAUGGAGUGCGGGACGCUGGGCUCGGGGGGAGAUGGAGUGCGGGACGCUGGGCUCGGGGGAGAUGGAGUGCGGGACGCUGGGCUCGGGGGGAGAUGGAGUGCGGGACGCUGGGCUCGGGGGGAGAUGGAGUGCGGGACGCUGGGCUCGGGGGGAGAUGGAGUGCGGGACGCUGGGCUCGGGGGGAGAUGGAGUGCGGGACGCUGGGCUCGGGGGGAGAUGGAGUGCGGGACGCUGGGCUCGGGGGGGAGAUGGAGUGCGGGACGCUGGGCUCGGGGGGAGAUGGAGUGCGGGACGCUGGGCUCGGGGGGAGAUGAAGUGCGGGACGCGCUGGGCUCGGGGGGGAGAUGGAGUGCGGGACGCUGGGCUCGGGGGGAGAUGGAGUGCGGGACGCUGGGGCUCGGGGGGGAGAUGGAGUGCGGGACGCUGGGCUCGGGGGGGAGAUGGAGUGCGGGACGCUGGGCUCGGGGGGAGAUGGAGUGCGGGACGCUGGGCUCGGGGGGAGAUGGAGUGCGGGACGCUGGGCUCGGGGGGAGAUGGAGUGCGGGACGCUGGGCUCGGGGGGAGAUGGAGUGCGGGACGCUGGGCUCGGGGGGAGAUGGAGUGCGGGACGCUGGGCUCGGGGGGAGAUGGAGUGCGGGACGCUGGGCUCGGGGGAGAUGGAGUGCGGGACGCUGGGCUCGGGGGGAGAUGGAGUGCGGGACGCUGGGCUCGGGGGGAGAUGGAGUGCGGGACGCUGGGCUCGGGGGGGAGAUGGAGUGCGGGACGCUGGGCUCGGGGGGGGAGAUGGAGUGCGGGACGCUGGGCUCGGGGGGAGAUGGAGUGCGGGACGCUGGGCUCGGGGGGGAGAUGGAGUGCGGGACGCUGGGCUCGGGGGGAGAUGGAGUGCGGGACGCUGGGCUCGGGGGGAGAUGGAGUGCGGGACGCUGGGCUCGGGGGGAGAUGGAGUGCGGGAUGCUGGGCUCGGGGGGAGCUUAG